CAUUGCGUCCAGUCCGGCACCUAGGGCACGCUUAUUCUUAGACCGGGUUGAGUCCUUCACGACUCAGUUUCUCAAUGAGCAGAUCCUGCCCUGAAUUCCAAAAAGGAAAGUUGGAAUGGUGAACAAACCUUUAAGAAAACUUUAAAAGAUAGAGAAUGCCCCGCUCUUUCCUGGUGAAGAAGUAUUUCAGAAGCAAAAAGCCAAAUUACAGCGAACCUGAAUCCCAGAGUGACCUGGUCCUGUCGGAGAGGUCCCCUCUGGCUGAGCUGCAGACUGGGGCUAACAGUGCCUCUAUCGGCUUGGUGUGGAACCUCGACCUCCUGCCUGACCUCUUUGCCUGGGCAUCUUCCCCAUCCCCCUGCACCUCUCCCUGCCCCUCCCUUUGCCCCUCCCCCUCGGGGCCCCUGGACCUGAGCCCCAUCUCCAGGAGCGGCAGCGGGGGAGAGGAUGAGGGGCGCACAUCAGACCCCUGCAGCCCUGAGCCCACCGGCCACUACUGCUGUCCCCACUGCAACAGGAGCUACAGUGCCCCCGCCGCCUUGUCCCGCCACCGGCUGUCCCACCCCCCAAUCCCCCGGCCAACCUUCUGCUGCAAGCACUGCCCCAAACAGUACGGCAGCCUGGGUGCACUAAAGAUGCACAUCCGCUCCCACACCCUGCCCUGCGUUUGCCCUACCUGCGGCAAGGCCUUCUCCCGGCCCUGGCUCCUGCGCGGACACAUGCGCACGCACACGGGUGAGCGCCCGUUCUCCUGCCCGCACUGUGAGCGAGCCUUCGCAGACCGCUCUAAUCUGCGGGCACACCUGCAGACGCAUGCGCAGGUGAAGCGGUACCACUGCAGUGCCUGCCCUCGCAGUUUCGGCCGCAUGUCCCUGCUGCACAAGCACAGCCUGGCUGGCUGCGGUCCCGGCCCCUGACCUUUCAACACAAGCACAGCCUGGUUGGCUGCGGUCCCGGCCCCUGACCUUUCAACACAAGCACAGCCUGGCUGGCUGCAGCCCCGGCCCCUGACCUUCCAAACUCCACCCCAACACCACAUACCGACCUGUCCAAUAUUUCAUUCCACUUUGUUGCGUGAAAUGAAUGUUCCUUUGUGGGUGUGGCCCAGUA